GCGGGGCGGGCGCAGGAUGAGGGCGGCCAUUGCUGGGGCUCCGCGGCGGGGAGGAGGACGCUGAGGAGGCGCCGAGCGGCGCAGCGCUGCGGGGGAGGGCCCGCGCCGACGCGGGGCCCAUGGCCAGGACCACCAGCCAGCUGUAUGACUCCGUUCCUGCCCAGCCCAGCGUGGUGAUCUGCUCCUGCCCGUCCCCGUCAAUGGUGAGGAACCAGCCUGGCUCCGGCACGGCCCCCGGCGCUCCCCACCUCGGGAGCAGGCAGAGCCCCACCAUGGACGGCUCCGCGGCCGAGCCCCGGCCAAGUGCCAACUCCUUGCAGCACGCCCAGCCGCUGCCGCAGCCUCGGAAGAAACGGCCCGAAGACUUCAAGUUUGGGAAGAUUCUUGGUGAAGGCUCUUUUUCAACAGUUGUCCUAGCCCGGGAACUGGCAACCUCCAGAGAAUAUGCUAUUAAAAUUCUGGAGAAACGUCACAUAAUAAAAGAGAACAAGGUCCCAUAUGUAACCCGGGAGCGAGAUGUGAUGUCACGCCUGGACCAUCCCUUCUUUGUUAAACUGUACUUCACGUUUCAGGAUGACGAAAAGCUGUAUUUUGGCCUUAGCUAUGCUAAAAAUGGAGAACUACUUAAAUACAUCCGCAAAAUUGGUUCCUUCGACGAGACCUGCACUCGGUUUUACACGGCUGAGAUCGUGUCUGCUCUGGAGUACUUGCACGGCAAGGGCAUCAUCCACAGGGACCUCAAACCAGAAAACAUUUUGUUAAAUGAAGAUAUGCACAUCCAGAUCACGGAUUUUGGAACAGCCAAGGUCUUAUCGCCAGAGAGCAAACAAGCCAGGGCCAACUCGUUUGUCGGAACCGCGCAGUAUGUUUCUCCGGAACUGCUCACAGAGAAGUCCGCCUGUAAAAGUUCAGACCUUUGGGCUCUCGGAUGCAUAAUAUACCAACUUGUAGCAGGACUGCCGCCGUUCAGAGCCGGAAACGAAUAUCUUAUAUUUCAGAAGAUCAUUAAGUUGGAAUAUGAUUUUCCAGAAAAAUUCUUCCCUAAGGCAAGAGACCUCGUGGAAAAACUCUUGGUUUUAGAUGCCACCAAGCGGUUAGGCUGUGAAGAAAUGGAAGGCUACGGCCUGCUGAAGGCCCACCCAUUCUUUGAGUCCAUUACCUGGGAGGGCCUGCACAUACAGACGCCGCCAAAGCUCACAGCCUACCUCCCAGCCAUGUCUGAGGAUGACGAAGACUGCUACGGGAACUACGACAAUCUCCUGAGCCAGUUUGGCUGCAUGCAGGUGUCGUCAUCCUCGUCCUGCCACUCCCUGUCCGCCUCGGACGCGGGCCUGCCCCCACGCUCAGGCAGCAGCAUAGAGCAGUACAUCCACGACCUGGACACAAAUUCUUUCGAACUGGACUUACAGUUUUCUGAAGACGAGAAAAGGUUAUUAUUGGAGAAGCAGGCCAGUGGAAACCCUUGGCACCAGUUUGUAGAAAAUAACUUAAUAUUAAAAAUGGGUCCAGUAGAUAAGCGAAAGGGUUUGUUUGCACGACGACGACAGUUACUGCUCACAGAAGGGCCGCAUCUGUAUUACGUGGAUCCUGUCAACAAAGUCCUGAAAGGUGAAAUCCCAUGGUCACAAGAACUCCGACCGGAGGCCAAGAAUUUUAAAACCUUCUUUGUUCACACGCCGCACAGAACAUACUACCUGAUGGACCCGAGUGGGAACGCACACAAGUGGUGCCGAAAGAUCCAGGAGGUGUGGCGACACAGGUACCAGCCCCACCCGGACCCCGCUGUCCAGUGACCCGCGGCCGGGCUGCUCGCUGCCAGGACUCCUGCCCCUACGCGGGCUCGGCCGCCGCCCCAGGACUCUUCAGACCACCUGCCGGCCACCGCCAGGGGAGCGCCACGUCGGGAACCUCUCAGCUUUUUUAUUUAAAAGAAAAGAAAAAAACCACCACCACACAGAAUAAACCAGUGACGAACAUAAA